UUACUACCCUUGGAGACACUCUGUCAUAAUUAAAUUGCAAGGGAAAAGAAUCUCAUGCGACGUUUUAAAAAAAUUAAUGGACCUAUGGAAACCAACUGAAUCCUUUCCAUUAAUUGAUCUAGGUGAAGAUUAUUAGAUUGUACGUUUUAACAAGGAGGAAAAUAUGAUAAACUCCAUUCAAAAAGGACCAUGGUUUAUCUACGGACACUUUCUAUCCGUUCAACGAUGGGUUCCUAACUUUGUAGCAUCUCAAGCUACACAAUCGUUCACAGCAAUCUGGAUCCAGCUACCUCAACCUCCCACAGAAUUCUACGAUGGAAAAAUCCUUCAAAAAGUGGGCAGUACAAUAGAUAGACUAUUGAAAAUAGAUGCUUGCACAUCAGCAGCACUCCGUGGACGAUAUGCGCGUCUAUGUGUAGAACUUCCAUUGGACAAUCCGGUGAUUCCUUUCAUCUUCACUGGAUCUCACAAGCAGUAUAUACACUAUGAGGGUGAGAACUUGCUGUGCAAGAAUUGUGACCACCUAGGACACUCCAUGAAACAAUGUUCCUAUGCCAAAACUAGUCAGACGCCAGAAGAGUCCAAAUCUGGGAUACCAAAAAUAAAUCUUUUGCAAGAAAAACAAGAAGAAGUUUGGAAGACUGUCUCAUUCAACAAAGGGAGAAAGAAGAAUUCCACAAAAUCACCUUCAAACUCUUUGGAAAAUUCGCAAGAAUCAGAUUAUUGAUGCUCCAAUAGAAGACCUACUCCUUCGGCAUAAUUUUCGUGAAGGGAAUCAAGUGGCACAUCUACUAGCAAAAGAUGCAAUCAAGAAGCAAUACAAGUAGUACAACAGUGAUAAUCGCAAGCUCCAUGCAAGUCCACCUUUUUUGUGAUGCCAAAAAUGUCAAAGGAUGUAAAUGGAGUCUAUCAUUCCAAUAAGUCAUUAGACACUACGGCAUGUAAUAGACUCAGGUCGUUAGGAAACCAGAACAUAACUGGUGAUGGACCACAAAUGUGUGGCAAAUUUUCAAGUACUUGUAUUAACCCAAACAAUUUCUAGUUUUUAUAUAUAAUAUAUACCGUUCACCAUA